AGCUGUCUGAGAAUCAUGGCUGCAUUCAACCCAACGGUCUUUCUGCUGAUGGUGAACGGACAAGUGGAGAGCGCCCUGUUUCCAGAAUUUGAUGACCUCUACUGCAAGUAUUGUUUUGUUUAUGGCCAAGAUUGGGCACCAACAUCUGGCUUAGAAGAAGGAAUAUCCCAAAUUACUUCUAAAAGCCAAGAUGUACAGCAAACCCUGAUCUGGAACUUCCCUAUUGAUAUCACCUUUAAAAGCACCAAUCCUUAUGGCUGGCCACAAAUAGUGAUAAGUGUGUAUGGACCUGACAUUUUUGGAAAUGAUGUGGUUCGAGGUUAUGGAGCUGUACAUGUGCCUUUAAUUCCUGGCCGACACAAAAGGACCAUUCCUAUGUUUGUACCAGAAUCAACAUCCAGGCUGCAAAAGCUGACAAGCUGGUUUAUGGGACGGCGGCCUGAAUACACAGACCCCAAGUUAGUAGCUCAUGGAGAAGGAAGACAAGUUACGAGGGUUCGCUCCCAGGGCUUUGUUACUCUUUUGUUGAAUGUGGUGACAAAGGACAUGAAGAAAUUAGGCUAUGAUACCAACAGUUUGGACAUGCGCACCUUUUCAGUGGCAGACCUGUCAGAAGGCAUUCUAAAAUAAUUAUGAAAUAUUACUUAUAUCCUUUAAGUUAAAUUGCAUUUACCUUUCAAUAUGUUUGUAGCCUCUUUUAAAUCUAAGCUGCUUAUGUAUGCUAAAUUGACUAUUGUUAUGUUUAUUUACUUAAGUAUCAUUAUAUCCAUGUCACUUUGAAGCAAUAGCAUCUGUAGCCAAAUAUUUUUGUAUAAUAAAUAAUUA